GUCGUCGUUCGUUUCGUUAGUGCCGUGUGUGCUUUUGGUCUGAUUUCAUACUUCGGUCGGUGUACAGUGCGAGUGUAUUCGUGCGAAGAAAUUAAAACCGGAGAAAAUAAGGAAAAAAGACCGAUUCGGCUGCAGUUAUUAUUCAUAAUUUUCCCUAUUAAUUCAAUCCAAUUCGGGUAAUUAGCGUAAAUUCGAUAAGCGUGGUAUUUUUCUCGUUUUCGGAAGCUUUCGUGAAUCCAGAACACAAGCGCUUGUUCGCUCCGCGUAGAAGCUAACAAAAAAAAUCGAUCUCUUGUUUGAGAAUUACUCCGCAAUCCGUCCCGCUGCUUCCGCCGCUGAUGAUUUGCUGACAAUCGUAAACUUCUGAACGAGGACAGUGUUUGUUGUAGGUCAUCGCUACUGUUAUCAACAAACGGAUCGCAAAACUUGUUUUUUUCUUCGGUAACUGCUGGAACUAGGAAAUCUGCGGAGAGUUACGACAAAAUGUCGACAGAUUCCGGAAAAAAUUUCUCGAAUGUGGAAACGCCGGGCUACGUGGGCUUUGCCAAUCUACCGAACCAAGUGCAUCGUAAAUCGGUCAAGAAGGGCUUCGAGUUUACGUUGAUGGUGGUGGGUGAAUCGGGACUAGGAAAAUCGACCCUCGUUAAUAGCCUUUUCCUGAGUGACCUCUAUCCGGAACGGGUCGUUCCGGAUGCAGUGGAGAAACAGCAUCAGACGGUAAAACUUGACUCGUCAACAGUGGAGAUCGAAGAACGAGGAGUUAAGCUGCGGCUGACGGUAGUCGACACGCCUGGAUUUGGUGACGCUAUUGACAAUAGCGACAGCUUCAGUGCCAUCCUGGAGUACAUCGACGAGCAGUACGAGCGGUUUCUACGGGACGAAAGUGGACUAAACCGAAGGAACAUUAUCGACAAUAGGAUACACUGUUGUUUCUAUUUCAUUUCACCGUUUGGACAUGGUCUAAAACCCCUGGACAUCGAGUUCAUGAAGAAACUGCACUGCAAAGUGAACAUCGUUCCCGUCAUUGCCAAGGCCGACGUACUGACCAAAAAAGAAAUUCAGCGCCACAAGUGCCGCAUCCUGCAGGAGAUCGAAGACAACGGGAUCAAAAUCUAUCCACUGCCAGAUUGCGAUAGUGACGAGGACGAAGAUUACAAGGAACAGGUGCGGCAACUGAAGGAGGCGGUACCGUUUGCCGUGUGCGGUUCGACUACCCUGCUGGAGGUAAAAGGACGUAAGGUUCGAGGUCGGCUGUACCCGUGGGGUGUGGUGGAGGUUGAGAAUCCGGAACAUUGUGAUUUCAUUAAGCUGCGGACGAUGUUGAUCACCCACAUGCAGGACCUGCAGGAGGUAACGCAGGAGGUCCACUACGAAAACUACCGCUCGGAGCGGUUGGCCAAAUCGGUGCGCAAAAACGUCACCCCCAUCAUCAAGGACGAGAACGGUUCCGUCGAAGUGCACUCCGACAAGGAUCGAAUUCUACGCGAGAAGGAGGAAGAGAUCCGGCGCAUGCAGGAGAAACUGGCCCAGAUGCAGGCGAAAAUACAGGCACAGAAAUAGGUGGUUCCGCGUGGGCAAUGGAAUCGGGAAAUUUUAUCGAAACGAAAAUCAUUACUCCGUUGCAAGUGAAGAAGAAAGAGUGUGAUUUUUUUUAUUGUAACUAGAGGCGAAUCACUACCAUUAGUAUACUUGCAAACGUAUCUGCAAACCUACCCGCGCACGAUUGCAACAUUAUGCAUCAACAGUGCACAAAAAAGCGAAGCAAAAGCAUGACAGAACAGCUACUCGCCGUUUAGAUAUUACAUACAUUCUCUGCAUUGCAAGGGAUCGUUUUUGUUCUAUGAAUAAAAAAACAAGUACAAAAAUCA